AUGGCAGUCAACAGGAGCCCGACCAUGAUGGAUGGAAACCACCCAGAGCAGGAAAAUGUACUCCAGAGAGUCUUUCAGUUGCCUGUGGUAAGUGGCACCUGUGAGUGUUUCCAAAAGACCUACACCAGCACCAAGGAAGCCCAUCCACUUAUGGCCUCUGUGUGUAAUGCCUAUGAGAAAGGUGUACAAGGAGCCAGCAACUUGGCUGCAUGGAGCAUGGAGCCUGUGGUCCGACGGCUGUCAACACAGUUCACAGCUGCCAAUGAGCUGGCCUGCCGUGGAUUAGACCACCUGGAAGAAAAGAUUCCUGCUCUUCAAUACCCUCCAGAAAAGAUUGCUUCUGAACUAAAGGAAACUAUCUCCACCAGGAUCCGAAGUGCCAGAAACAGCUUCAGUGUCCCCAUUUCCAGCACUUCAGAUAAGGUCCUGGGGGCAGCUUUGGCUGGCUGUGAGCUUGCUUGGGGCAUGGCACGGGACACAGCUGACUAUGCCUCCAGCACCCGGGUGGGUCAGCUGGCAGCUGGAGGGGCAGACUUGGCCUUAAGCAAUCUUGAGAAGGUGGUGAACCAUUUGAUGCCAGCACCCAAAGAAAAUCCAGCCACGGUCCAGGAGUGCCCUAAUCCUUCCCAACUCCAGCAGAAGCUGCCAAGGCCAAAGCCCAGCUUCCUUCAAAGAAUUGGAACUUUAACCAACACUGUCUCCCAGCACGUUUUUCAGACGUCAGUCCAGACCCUCCGCUGGGGCCAUGCAUUAGCCAAGUGGAUUCCAGGUGUGGCCCCAUUGAGCAGUAUGGCCCAGUGGGGUGUGUCAGCUGCCCUGCAGGUGGUGUCAAGACCCCGAUCCACAUCAAGGGGAAAUUGGCAGUACAACCAGGCUCAGGAAGAGGAGGAUGACAAGGAGGAGGAGGAGGAAGAAGAAGAGGAGGAGGAGGAAGAAGAACCUGAAGUGAAGAAGGAAGAGAACAAACUAAAUGAGACCAUGCCCAGUAACCAGAGCCUCUUAGGUAGUGUGGUUCACACUUUGCAGUCCGCCUACUUGACCACUGUCUCCACUGUAAAGUGGGCACCCUUUGCCAUCUGGAACAACACCGCUGGAAGACUGCUUCACCUCACUUCUGGUCAGGAGACCUUUGCCAAAGGCAGGGCAAUGUCAUUAUCAGAUGCCCUGAAAGGUGUUACAGAUAAUGUGGUGGACACAGUGGUGCAUUAUGUACCGCUCCCCAGGUUGUCACUGAUGGAGCCAGAGAGUGAGUUUCAGGACAUAGAUAACCCUCCAUCUGAGACUGAUCGAAGUGAAGGUGCUAAUUCACCCACCCCUGAGUUCCCAAGCAAACUACAGCACCGGGGAAGCCUGAGGAGUACCCGGAAUUGCAAUGCUGUCUCCUUCCUAGGCCUAGAAGACAAACUCUUUACCCAGCAGAAAGUGCUGGACCAGGUGCCCCAGCAGCGCAGCUCCCUCCAUCGUGGUCCCACCUUUGAACCUGAGACACCUGCCACCAGCCGCUCCAUGUUUUCUUCCUACCACCGAGAGAAACCCACCCGCCGUGUCAGUGACAGCGUCUACCGGCCCAGCGUCAUGGAGCCCAUCUACAACCGGAUCCACCACAGCCAGCUUUACAAGAAGAACUGA